CUCUCUCUCUCUCUCUUUCUCUCUUGCCACCGGCUUGGUUCAUGAGUGCACAAACCACAAAGUGAACUGUCAUCGUAAUUGCCCCACUUAUCGAGCUCGGUUGCUGUGACACAAAUUGUUAAGGCGCGAUGAUACGGGCAUCCCACCAAACCCAAUAACACGGCCAUCAGCCACCAAUAGCUAACGGCUCUUCAUCCCCCAUCCCCACCCCCAAAUUGUUAUGUCGAUGAUGAGGAUGAUACUGUGUUUUCUUCUCACUGGACCGCACAACACGCGCCUCCUUCCUCAUAGCGGCUAAACUUUCCUCAUGACUUAAUACAAUUGUUUCAAUGGUAAUUUCUUGCCUUUUUGUUUCUCUCUCAUUCCAUUGUUCUUCUGAAACGUUACGUUCUCGGAUGGAUGACAACCAUGUGAGAGCGCUGGGACCCAUCUGGCAACACAAUGCACAACAGUGGUGUCCAGUGGCACCGAGCCACUCUCACUGUGAUAAGGGGGGAGUGGGUGGUUUCGGUGAUACGACGAGAAGGCGUGUUUGUUUACGCGUGUCACGCACUGGGUUGCUCGCCUUGGCGUUUCUUUCUCCGUACUGUAAUACCUUCAAUCUGAUUGAUGCUGCCACUGUUGCUGUUGCUGCUGUGCAUGUGACAUCUGAAACCCGAUCUUCCCGAGGGAAACGUUCGCCCACAAACCCGAUGUACUGACCAUCCCAACCCAUGGGAUCAGAAUAGUUGGAAUAAAUCCAAAUACUGCUGGAUUCAGA